GUGAAUGACGUCAGUGAAAUCCAAAAGUGCAAGCAUGCGAACGCCAAGCAACAAGUAAGUGAACGACGCCAAGCAACUAGACUAAUGAGACGACCACAAACACACACACACUCACCACCAUGAUGAAAGCUUUACACCCAUCAAGCCUAGUAGUAGUUAUCUUGCAACUGGUAUCCCUCCUCUCUGGGAUAUCCGAUGGUUUUCAGCCCAGGAUUGGCAGCCAUCAUCAUGAUUGCAGGACAACGACAACGAGUUCCUCCAUCCGACCCAUUGGUGGUGACAACAAGAACCACAACCUCCGGCACUACCCACCACAACAACAACAGCAACAACAAUUGAAACUGAGAUCGGGAGCCGUUCUCCACCAGAGUCGUCAAUCUGCCGAUACUUCUUCUUCUUCCAAAACAACAACAACAACCAAUCCUGUCAUUGCCGCUUCCGGUCUGAUUGCUCUGGAUGUUUUGUUUCGACGAGUCUUUCAACUGCUGGCCAUUUCCUUUCCGUCGUCGUUGGCGGGUUGUGGCAUGCUCUUUGCCACGUUUUUGUUGGCGCCCGGUGGUGGUAGCAACCUUCAUGCGGCACUCAGUCCAGGAGCUGCAUUGCUGGCCAAAUGGUUGCCCGUCUUUUUUGUACCCAGUCUGAUUACCCUACCGUUGGCGGAUAGUUUGGGAUCAUUUGCAGAAGUCUUGAAGGUAGCCGCCGUCAUGGUGGGAGGAUUUUAUUUUACACUGCUGACAACGGCAUGGACGGUGGUGGGCAUUCGAAAACUCUUGCCAUCCAAAAAAACGGCUGCUGCUGUAGAAGAAGAAACCCCCGCAAAACAGCAGGCACAACCCACAACACCACCGCCAAAGCCCUUUUCGGAUGCACUCAACAAUGGACUACGACUCACCACGCUGGCCAGUGCCAUUGCCGCCAUCAUCACCACCAACAACAACAAGAGUCCCUUUUCGAGUCUCUUGACUUGCGUCUUUAUGCUCAGUACUACAUUGAUGAAUUUUGUGUUUGGUGCUCGACUCCCCAAAUCAUUCACCAAGAUUGUGCAUCCGUUGGUGACGUGCACCUCGUUGACGUGGGUGGUAGCCUAUGCCUUUGCCAAGGCCACGGGAGCAACCUUCCUCUCCGUUUUAAAGUCCUAUCGUACCAAAUCCAUGAGUUUGGCGACGAGUGGGGCUGGUGAUCUUUUGAUCUUUUUACUGGGCCCAGCCGUCGUGUCAUUGGCAUGUCAAAUGUACGAUCGUCGGAAACUCAUGAGAGAAAAUUUGGCCGAAGUGGGAGCGGCAGUCGGUGUUUCGGCAUUUGGGGGCAUUUUUGGAACGGCCGCUGCGGUCCGUGCAUUGGAUCUGGCAAGUCCCUACUUGAGAUUGUCCCUACUGUCACGCAACAUUACAUCCCCCUUGGCCAUGGCCAUUGCCAGUAUUCUAGGAGCCGAUACGUCCUUUGCCGUCACCAUUGUUGUCAUUACGGGAUUGAUUGGGGCCAACUUUGGAGCUUCCAUUCUCGACAAGUUUGGUAUCACGGAUGCGGUAGCACGUGGACUGGGAAUUGGAGCCGCGGCACACGGUUUGGGGACCGCAGCAUUGGUGAAUGAAGAAGAUGCAUUUCCCUUUGCUGCCAUUGCCAUGGCUCUCACGGCAUCCGCUGCCACUGUGAUUGUGUCCAUUCCUGUGUUCAAAAGGAUAAUUCUGCAAUUGGCUCUGGGAGCCUGAAGAAGCAAUCCAUACCUUGCUAGCUAGUUGUUUUUAAUAAAAAAGGCGUGCCUCCGUAGCAACGAUAAACAUGAGC